AUGACCCUUUCCGCUCGCGUUUCCCGCCCCGCCAUCGAAACCGACCCCCGUGUCAUUGCCGUGAUCGAGUCCUGCAACUGGGACGACCUGUUUCUGAGCCUGGAGCUGCUGUUUGAGUUUUCCGACGACGACGAGACCCUCAUGCGCCACUUGGCCAAACGCCCGUGUAUCCGAUCACAACUGGCACCCCCGAUGAACCCGAAAUUCAAACCGCCGGUGAAACUGCCAGAGAAAGUGACGAAACUAUCGCAACCGUUACACAAGUCGCCGCCAAAGCUAAAAUUGACCCAACUUGCACCAAUGACAAAUAAACCGUUUAAACCACCGAGAAUCACUCUGCUGCCAACAAAACCAUCUCAAAUAAACCACCACAAGUUGCUGCCAACAAAACAACCUCAAUCAGACACCAAACCGUCCCACACGGACUACCAGAAGUUGCUUUCUCAGCUUGAUGAUGAGUUUACUUCGUCGCCUCCUUCAUCACCAACACGACCGACCACCACUCUGCUACGAUCACCAAAGAAUGUAACGCCAAACAACCAAGCACAACAAACACCAACACUAUCACAAACUGUACCGAGAAUGUCACCACAAGCAAAGCUAUCACAGGCGUUGAAUUCAUCUCCACCGGUUCCCAAAUCAUCCCCACAGGCCUUGAAAGCAUCCCCACAGGCCUUGAAAGCAUCCCCACAGAUUUUAAGAGCAUCACAGGCGCCACACUUAUCCCCUCCUCGACCACUACCCACUACCAUCACAGCAAAACCGACACUGCCGCUUCGCCAAGUACUCGGAGCGGUAUUCUCGCCAUCACCACCUUCAACCAAACCCUCCGAUAUCUACACUAGCAUGUUUGGUCAGCAAAUCACCCGCCUGCGACAGCAACAAAAGAGAACAACUAUUGAUCUUUCGUCCUCCCCUCCAAGCAGAGCCUAUUCGACAAAGGCUAACGCUCAUAUCUUUCUUUCCACUCAAAAGGCUCCUGUCCCUACUACCGCUACUACUGAACAUGGAGAACUUGUCGCUCCUCUUACUAAAGUGAAACGGCCCAUGAUCCUUUCACCGGAACAGGAAUACAUUCUUCAUAAAGUGCUUAGCGGUAAGUCCCUUUUUUAUACGGGGCUGGCAGGUACGGGUAAGCUGGUAUUGCUUCGUGAGAUCAUUAAAGUGCUUCGACUGCUGCGUCCCGGGGUAGCCGUCACCGCCCUGACGGGGCUCGCUGCGUGUAACAUUGGUGGUAUGACUCUCCACUCGUUUGCCGGUGUCGGUCUCGCUAAGGAACUGGUCCAAUCAUUAUACAAAAAGCUCCAUCGCAACCGUAAGGCGAAAAACCGGUGGAUGACCACGCAAGUGUUAGUGAUUGAUGAAGUGUCGAUGGUCGACGGAGAGUUCUUUAAUAAGCUUGAUGCCCUCGCCAAGAAAGUACGCAAACUGCUGGAACCGUUUGGCGGUAUUCAAUUAGUGCUCUGUGGUGAUUUCUUCCAAUUACCCCCCAUCACCAGACGCGAGGACGAUGGCGAAUACCCUGAGACGAAAUUUGCGUUCGAAAGUGAGGCCUGGCUCGGGGCAAUCACCCACACGUAUACCCUUACCGAAGUGUUCCGUCAACAAUCAGAUCAACAAUUUGUCGAUAUAUUGAAUGAGCUUAGAUUGGGCCAAGUGCUGCCGGAAACUGAAGCUGAGCUUAAACGACUUUCUCGUCCUUUAAAGUCGGUGGGAGGCAUUGAACCGGCUGAUUUACACCCGAGAAGAGCCGAGGUUGACCGUUCAAACAACUCUCGACUCGCUCUGAUUAAAGGCGAGACCCAGGUGUAUAAUUGUGUUGAUGCUGGUUCCCUCACCGGAGAGCAAAGAGCGAAAGUGCUUGGUAACAUGCUUGCGCUGCCGAGACUCGUAUUGAAACGUGGGGCUCAGGUUAUGUGUAUUAAGAACAUUGAUGACACUUUAGUCAAUGGUACGUUGGGCACCGUCAUCGACUUUGUUGACCGGGAAACCUAUAUGAAACUGCUGGGCAUCGCUGAAGACGAUGAAGACGAUAGCGACUUUGUCCAGCCUUUAAUCUAUUCCGAUGAGCCGCUGCAGCCGUGUGCUGAGCGUGACCCGACAUUAGUGUCUGAACAAUAUGCCGCUCACGGUACUGAGCUCGCCCUGGCUAAACUGGACCAAGUACUUCCAUUAGUUCAAUUUAGAACUAAUGACGGUAAUUUCCGUUACCAUUUGAUGGAACCUGAAAAGUGGCUGGUGGAAGAUGAAACUGGUCACGUACUUGCGCUGAGACUGCAAAUCCCCUUGAUCCUUGCGUGGUCGCUUCUGAUCCAUAAAUCACAAGGACAAACGCUCCCUUUGGUGAAAGUCAAUUUAGCCCUGUGCUUCGAAAUGGGCCAAGCGUACGUGGCGUUAUCGCGUGCGGUAUCUCGUGAAGGGCUCCAAGUUAUCGGAUUCAGUCGUGACCGUGUCAGAUGCCACCCGAAAGUGCUUGAGUUCUACCUGAAUUUGGACCGGGCCAAUGCUCCUAGGAAGCGCACUUCAAGACAAGCAACCCUCCCCUUCGACUCGUAA